UAUCAACUGCAUUGAACACUGUUGAAGUCAACAGAAAACUCUUCAGAUCAUACAGCACAUUUAUGCUGUUUAAUUUUUCAGCUUGAAUAUUUCGACUAGGUCUAGGGUGGUUCCAAUACUCUCGCUGUAUUGUUUAAGGACAAGUCACAGCUGAAAUAGUUUAGCAUUAUUACAAUACACAAUCGGUAUUGAAAUUGUGUUUCAAAUACAUGUGCUCAUUAGAUAAAUUCUCAAUAUCUAUGUGAAAAUAGGGUUGUACUUUGUAUGACUGCAACACUGUGAGUUGCUCUAAUUAGUGACAAAUGACCGAAACAAUAGGAAUUCGUACGUGACUUGGAUAGACAAAACGACAGUGAGUUUAUUCUCUGUUAUGACGGUACCAAAUUUCAAUAUAAAGGUUUUUAAAGAUGAUGAUCAGUCAUGGCGAGUAAAGACAAAGACUACAGGUUGAUCACACUUAUAACAGACAUUUGUCCUUUGCCUUUGAGAAAGUUUUUCUUAAACUUGGCACAGUCAGACGCUAGUCCAGGCGUACCUUUUACUACACUUGAUACUUACAUGAAAUUUCGCAAAUUAGAUGUCGAGAAACUUGUGAAGCUUCCACCAAAGUCCAUACGGAAAGAUCAAUUUAACUUGAUAUAUCCGAAUGCUGACGAAACAAAAUGGGACGUAAGCUUACUAUCGAGUCUAUUACUUGGACUGUUUGGGAGACAGAUGCUAAAUGGUGAGGAUCAGUUGAUAAAAAUUAUCCGUGAAAUUCGCAACAAGCGCCAACACAAGCCGGGAAACAUAGUUACAGAAGAUAGUGAAUUUGACACAGUUUGGAACGAUAUUGAGACAGCGACUCUAACGCUAGCCCAGAUUGUUGGAGGAAGAACGUAUGGAGAUGAGAUAAGGAACCAUAUAGAAGAUGUUAAGAUUAACAAUCUUCCGAGUCUUGGUGACACACUUAAAACUUGGUACGAGGAUAUCAUUGUUCAACUUAGAAGUGAAAUUGAAGAACUCAAAGACACAUCCAAUAGGUCGCUAGCGAUACUUGAGGCAACCACAGUAAAGCGAAAAUCUUUCUCAGGUAAAAUUGUAUUAUAA